AUGAGCGGACGACUCCAAUUCCAGGGAUGCGUUUCGAGGAAGUUGCACAGAAGCGGCCAAGAGCUCAUGGUCGACUUGUUCAUGAAGCUGCCAGAGAGCAUCUUCCCAACAGAGGCUGCGAAUGUCCGCCUGCACUUCUUGCGGCGCCGUCUCUUUGCCCGGUGGCUCCUUGCACCUAUGGUCCUCCAAGGGCAGGAGGAGACGCUCUCACGCCUGUUGGAAGACUUGCCCGGUGAGCAGCCUCUCAUUGCCAUGGUCUCCGUCCUGUGGGAGGGCCUGACCUCCCUGCGUCAGGGCCUCCGCCCACGGGAACAAGCACUGCUUCAACGAGCGGCGGCCUACCGCCAACGACCCCUCCAUGAGGUCCUUUUCACAACCUCCUGGCUGCAUUUUCUGGAUCCACGUUUGAGGCUGCUCCUGCGUCGCCUGGGCCAAGGAUCCGUGGCGCCAGCCCACGCCUGCGCCCGCUGUCGGGCCUCCCAGCAAGGCCACGCCCAUUUGCUGCCUCUCCGGCUGCUGCGCAAGUUGCAGGUGGAGGAGAUAAGCAAGAAUGUCUACGCAUUCCCUGCGCUGACGCCGGAUUUCUGCCGCCUCUUCCUUGAAGAGUUGGACGCCUUCUACGCAUCCGGCCUGAAGUCGUCCAGGCCCAACUCCAUGAACCGCUAUGGGGCCGUGCUCGAGGAGGUGGGCCUGUCUCUUGCAGUGGCUGACUUUCAGAGGCAUGUCCUGCUGCCCUUGGCCCGCGCGCUCUUCCCUGGCAUCGGUGAUGAGCUAGAUGGCCACCACGCCUUUGUGGUCCACUACCGCACGGAGGCCGGCGACCGCCACCUCCCCCCUCACCGCGACGACUCCGAGGUGACCUUCAACUUGGCGCUGGGCCGAAGCUGGGAAGGCUGCCGCCUGAUCUUCUGCGGCCUUAUGCAGGAGCCGGAUGUCCACCGGCAUCAAAUCAGCCAUGCCUUCCCAGGUGCAGGCUGGGCAGUGCUGCACCUCGGUCGCCAGGUCCAUGCAGCUGAGCACAUCCUGAGCGGCGAGCGCACAAACCUAGCAGCUCGGCUGCUGACCAGAGUUUGA